ACGGUUAAAGAGGAGGUAGCGUACCUAGACUUUGUUUGAUCUCGCUAUACUGCACAUAGCAUCUACUCUCUGUAAGGAUGUGCACUUUUAUGCUCUUCUCCUUAUGGACCAUGUCUAUGUGUCAUUUUGCUCAGCUCAGGUCUGAAGUUGCGAGCAGGCCCAUGAUCCCUGUUGGAGUCCGUACUCCAUGGGUGUCUUUUAUUCCUGAUAAACCUCCUCCUUAUUUUCCAAGACCAGUGUUUGUUGUAGUGGCUCCAUCAGUGCUAAGAGUAGGAAGUGAGGAAAACAUCCUGCUGGAGGCGUUUGGACUUUCUGAGCCUGUCAUUGUUAAUCUCUCUGCGUACUCAUAUCCACGAAGCUCCCCACAAUUGCUCCAGGGAACAGUCACCCUGAACGCAGAUAAUAAUUACAGCGUCCUCAAAACCAUAGUGAUUCCCCGGAGUGACGUGUGGCAAGGGCAGACAUACACACAUGUCGAGCUGCUUGCUAGAUUUGGAAACUUCCAUAAUGUAAGGUACUUAAUUAAAGUGUCCUUUUUGUCUGGUUACAUCUUCAUCCAGACUGACAAGCCCAUCUACAACCCAGGAGACACAGUGCGCUUCAGAGCCUUUGUCUCUAAUCAAGAGUUUCAGGCUUUCAAUAGCACGAUUUCUGUUGAGAUUCAGAACCCUGAUGAAAUUACAGUCUAUGCCGCGUCUGAGGUCAGAGCAGCAGACGGCAUUUACUCCGACACUUAUUCGCUCUUGGACAUUGCCAAAGAGGGCAACUGGAAGGUUGUUGCCAAAUUUGACAACUGGAAAGAGAACACAUAUAGUGCAAAUUUUGUGGUGAAGAAAUAUGAGCUCCCAGCAUUCAAUGUCACACUGAUACCGGAAAAGUCCCAUCUGAGUUUAGAAGAUAAAGAGUUUGUGGUGAAGGUGUAUGCCAAAUAUGUGUACGGUGAGAAAGUGGACGGUAUCGCGUAUGUGGUGUUUGGAAUAGAGGACGAUGGAUCGAAUGUGCGACUCUCAUUUCUGAAGCUAGUAAAAAAUCUGGAUGGUGGGAAUGCCACAUUGACCAUUGAUGACAUUAAGAAAGCGUAUCCUGAUAUUAAUGACUUGGAUGGCGCGUCCAUAUAUAUCAAAGUUUCCGUGGUGACCAGCACAGGAAGUGACCUCGUGGAGGCAUCAAAGUCGGGCAUCAAAAUUGUCUUAGCACCAUAUGUGCUUGCUAUCGAAGACACGUCAAGGUUUUAUAAAGCGGGCCUACCUUUUGACUUGACGGUUACGGUUCGCCACCAUGAUGGCUCCCCGGCUCCGAACGUUCCGGUUAAAAUCAACUUCCUGUCUACUCCUGUCACAGUGCACAGCGGCACCAUCAGAGUGUCCCUUAACCUGCCAUGUGGCUUUGGCAACAAGAUUAUAAAAGUAAAAACAGUAGUCCCAGGUUUGAAGCCGGAGCAGCAGGCGAAAGCCAAAUGGUUGGUGGAGAUGUUCGCACCUUUUCUCUUUACAGAACCGAACCAUCUUUACAUCAAAGUAGACAAGGAUGCGGCGAAAGCAGGGGAGACUUUAGAUUUCCAACUGCACCUCAGCGUCACCUCCAACAUGGAAACAGACUACUCUGGGCAGGUUACAUAUACCGUGUUGAACAAGGGAAAGAUCAUUCGUGUGGGCAGGGUGAACGUAACAGAGGAUGAAGUGACUAAUGUUACCCUGCUGCUGACUUCAGACAUGCUUCCUGCGUUCCGCUUCGUGGCGUACUACAUUAAGUCACUGCAAUAUGGAGAAGAGGUGGUGGCCGAUUCCGUUUUGGUGAAUGUGGAGAGCCAUUGUUUGGGAUCGCUCCAAGUUGAACCGUUGAGGGGCGAGGUGAAGGACUCGUAUUCGCCUGGCGACAGCUUUAGCUUUCAAGUUAGGGGCGACCCCGGAGCAAAGGUUAGCCUGGUCGCCGUAGACAACACCGUUUUCCUGCUGAAUAAGAACCGCCUGACGCAGAAGAAGAUUUGGGAUACGCUGGGACAAGGGGAUUUGGGCUGCUCUGCAGGUGGAGGACACAGCAGCAAUGGUGUGUUCCUGGAUGCAGGCCUGAAUUUUAAGUCAAACGUACCACAAUCAAGCAAUUCAUAUGAAAUACCGUGCUACUGGAAGCUCAGGAGGAGGCGCUCUGCUGAAAAACUGCAUCUCAGGGACCAGCUUGUGAAAUCCUAUUCCGAGCAGUUUCUACGGCGAUGCUGCUCUGAUGGCAUGAGGGAGAUUCCCAUGCCGUAUUCGUGCCGCCGGCGUGCUCUUUACAUCGCUGAGGACUGGAACUGCGUGAUGGCUUUUCUGCAGUGUUGCAGCAAGUACAGGGACGAAGAGCUGGGCGUCGUCACCCCACCGCUGCCCACCACUCCAGAGCCACCCUUGCCCACGAUAGAACAUGUAUCCCAAUACAUUCCUGGGGGCUAUCCUGCCCUUGGUGUCAUCCCUCCUCCUUAUGGUCAUGGUGUUCCUGACCAUGAUUUUAUUCCUGCUGGUGAUAUUUAUCCUGGUGGAAUUUAUCCUUUUGGUGCUACUUCUACUUUUGGUGGUUAUGGUGCUGGUGCUGGUCCUGGUCCUGUCAGUGGUUCUGGUCCUGUCGGUCCUCUCGGUACUGGUGGUGUCGGUGCUGGUCAUACCGGUCCUGUCGGUGGUUAUGAGGCUGGUAGUGUUGGUGUCAGUGCCGGUCCUGCCGGUCCUCUCAUUUUACCUGCUAUUGGUGCCGCUCGUAGUACUGAUGGUCUCACACUAGGUGAGAGAGGAAUGCUCACAUCUAGGGUGAGCGAUGAGUACUAUGACAGGCUAGACGAUAUUUAUGUACGCACCAAGUUCUUUGAGUCCUGGCUGUGGACAGAGGUCCAACUUCCUGGAGCACCUGGGCCAGAUGGAUUGGCUGUUGCGCCAGUGGAGUCAGUUCUCCCAGACAGCAUCACUCAGUGGGGGAUUUUGGGAAUUAGUGCUUCAUCUAGUACAGGUUUUUGUGUCGCCGAGCCGUUCAACGUCCGAGCGUGGAAGCCGUUCUUCAUCAACCUACGUCUUCCUCGAACCGCGGCCAGAAACGAACACGUUGAGGUCAAGGCCGUGCUGCACAACUACUUGAGCAAGGACCUGAAGGUACUGGUGAUCCUGGCAAAGACGGAGGACAUGUGCAGUGUGGCGUUUACUGAAGAUCAUAAGCAGGAGGUGUUGGUGCUAGCUCGCUCCUCAGUGCUCAUCCCCUACACCGUAAUCCCGCUCCGAACAGGAGAACUCCCCCUGCAGGUCACUGCCGUGUCUCGUAGCUUUACCGGACGGGAUGCAGUCCGUAAAUCUCUCCAUGCGGUGUUGGAAGGCAUUCAGAAGAUGGAUGUGAGGAGUUUUGUGUUGAAUCCUGCUGAGAAUGGAGACAAUAAUGGAAUCCAGCUGAUUCGGGUAGAUAAAGCUAAACUGAGUUCAGUGGUUCCCAACACCGUUCCAGAAACAUUUGUCAAUGUCAGAGGUAAUUUGCUGGCCGACAGCAUUGACAACGCCAUCAAUAAGGACUCGCUGGCGGCGCUGAUCCGGAUGCCCGGAGGCUGUGUGGAGCAGAACCUAGCUAGCAUCAUACUGCCAAUCAUCGCGGCUCACUAUCUGGACCGCAGCUCACAAUGGGAUAGUGUGGGAUUGCAGCGCAGAGAGGACGCCAUCACCUACAUAAAGAUCGGCUAUGAGAACCAGCUUCAUUAUCGUAAAGCAGAUGACUCUUAUCCACCGUAUAGAAACGAAGGAACCAGCACCUGGAUCACAGCGUUUGUGGUGAAGGUGUUCUCCAUGGCUUAUCCAUUCAUCACAGUAGAUGAGCAGCACAUAUGUGGCCCGCUGCGUUACCUGCUCCAGCACAAGCAGCUCUCAUCUGGAGCAUUCAAGGAGGACAACCCGGUCUCUGAAACCCACAUGACGGGAGGUCUUCAGGGUGCUGAAUCCAAGGCAACUCUGACUGCAUUUGUAUUGAUUGCAUUGGCUGAAGCUAAGAGUAUCACUACUUGCCAUCAAGAACCGUACCCGGAGGUGAGGCUCAGAAGAGCAGGAUACUAUCUACAAGACCAAUAUCAACAGCUGCACAGGCCGUAUUCUGUCGCGAUUGCAUGUUACGCACUGGCUGUGAGCAAUCAGGGCUACUUGAAGAGCGUGUUGAUGAAAUCAGCAUCACCAGACCGAACACACUGGCCGGAUGCAGACAACCCGUUAUUCACGCUGGAGGCGACGGGUUACGCACUGCUAGCCCUGCUUAAAGGCGGCCAUGUUAAGGAGGCAGCCGCUCCGUUCAAGUGGCUGAAUCAGCAGCGAGAAGUCGGGGGAGGAUACGGAUCCACACAGUCCACCAUGGUGGUACUGCAGGCUCUGUCAGAGUACCUAGUAAAGAACCCCCCUCCAGCUCACAUGAUCCUGAAUGUGACACUCAGGGUUCCCAGUAGCUCAGAUAUUCAUUGGGCCUUCACCAAAAAACUGGCUCAUGUGGCACGUUCCUCUAAGGUGCCUGUAGAUCAGGACUUCACAGUGGUGGCCUCAGGAAAUGGUCAGGGGAUACUGGAGGUGGUAACGGUGUACAACGAGUUACCUGAUGUACAUGAGAUCAGCUCCUGUAACGGAUUUGAUUUGAACGUUUCCAUUAGCGAGAGCAACGAGAAGCCUCCAGCAGAAGUAGAGAAGGUGUAUAAACUUAGCAUCAGUGUAAGAGCUCUGGCGCAGCGUCAGGUGCGCAUGGCUGUGCUGGACAUCAGCCUGCCUACUGGCUUUGAACCAGAAAACUCGGACCUGGAGCUGCUGAUCAACUCUGUGGAUCGCUACAUUAGCAAUUUCCAAGUUGUAGAUAAUCUGAGCGAUCGAGGAUCUCUCAUCAUUCAUCUGUUCAAGGUGUCCAACAAAGAGGCAGACGUCAUCUCAUUCAGGCUGAACCAAAAGUUUAAAGUGAGCCUCCUGCAACCGUCUACAGUCACUGUAUACCAGUAUUACAACACAGAUAAACGUUGCAGCAGGUUCUACACUCCAUCAGAGGACAAAGAGCAGCUCAGUCAGAUCUGCAAAGACAACAUUUGCCGCUGCACACAGGGCGACUGUUGUGUUUUGAAGACGGGCGCUCAGACGGUCGCAGCGAGAAAGAAGGCUGCGUGCGGCGGAACCCACCACGUGUUUAAGGCCAGAGUGUCGAGCGUCAGUGCGAGCCAGUAUGACCGAUAUGAGCUGGAGAUUCUGCAGGUCAUAAAAGAAGGCGCCGAGGUCGGCCUCAAAGAAAAGGACACGCGGGUGUUUGUUUCUCACGCUGGCUGCAGGGCGGGGCUUAAUCUGCUCACGGGGCACGACUACCUCAUCAUCGGCCCAUCCUCUGACGUUUGGCAAGCAGGCAGCGACAAGAACGGUUACACGUACACUCUGGGGAAGGACACUUGGGUGGAGAACUGGCCGUCAGGCUCGUGUGAGAAAUGCGCAGAGCUGGACGAUUUGAUCGCAGAAUUGCAGAACACUGGCUGCCAGACCUGAGAAACAACACACACACACACAGUACAAUUCAAAAAUCUGUCCGUGUAAACCUUGUUACACAAUGUUAUGUGUAAAUUUAAAGCUUAUAUUCAUUUCAUUUGUCAAUUUUAAUUUGGUUUUAUUCACUGCAUCCGUAUGACCGUAUCAUUUGGGUCUUAGCAAGUUUGUUUGUUUGUGUCAAUUUUUCACUCUAUUCUCUACCUUUUUGUUUUGUCUGUUUUCUGUUCACCUCGCCUUCGUUACGACGAGGGAUCUUCUGAAUUAAAAAUAAAGAUCGAGUCGAUUAUG